AUGGACACUUCUGAGUUUGAAACCAAAACUAAUAAUUUUCUUCGAUGGGCGUCCAAGGAUGCUAAGCUGUGGAUCUCCGAUAAAGUCAAGCUGCUAGGCACUCGCGAUGGUGACCAAGGUAGAUACAUGGUAGCCACCCAAGAAAUAAUCAAAGGCGAAAAACUCUUCGAGGUGCCACGCGGGAGUGCAUUAAAUGUGGCUACCCUCAGUCUCAGCAUGCGCGACAAACAGGUCUACAAGAAACUGACCACUGAGGUCGGUCACUGGGAAGGUCUAGUUAUUGCCAUCCUCUAUGAAUUCAAGGUGAUGAACCAAAACAGCAAAUGGUGGCCUUAUUUCGAGGUGCUUCCCGAGCCCGCGAGGCUCAACAGUCUGAUGUAUUGGACAGGCGCGGAGCUUGAGUACCUGAAGCCCUCUGGGGUGUACGAGAGAGUUGACCGUGAAGGUGCUGAGGAAAUGUAUGCGCGCGUCAUGAAGUGCGCCGAGGACUUGAAAAUCACAGAGCUCACCAAUAUUACAUGGGAAGAGUUCAUGCAUGUGGCGUCUAUUAUCAUGGCGUACUCUUUUGACAUGGAGCGUCCUGACUACGAGGAUAGCGACGAGGAGGUCGAGGAAAGUGAUGAAGAAGAAGAAGAAGAAAAGAACACAGUGUGGAAUGACGGGUACUUUAAAUCUAUGGUGCCGAUGGCUGAUAUGCUGAACUCAGACACGCACAAAUGCAAUGCUAACUUGACGUACUCUCCUGAAGCACUAAUAAUGGUCGCGGUAGCCGACAUACCCAGCGGCGAGCAGAUAUACAACAAUUACGGCGAGUAUCCAAAUUCUGAACUCCUCCGCCGAUAUGGAUACGUCGAAUGGUCUGGGUCCAAGUUCGACUGUGGUGAAAUGCCUCUAGAAACUCUUCUCAAAGCGAUUGAAGUGUGUCUGGAAGCACCCCGAAGGCUUAUCGAUAAACUUGUCGAAAUUUUAAGCCAUGACAACGAUAUUGUGGAAGACAUACUUGAGGGCGAACCUUUGGUCAUGGAGUCUUACGACUGCUUUUUGGAUGGGCAAGUCGUGCCAGAGUGCGCCACUUUGGUUCAAAUCUUGACGAUAGCGCUGCAGUUGCCUGAUGUCCAGCAGUAUGAUGAGAAAACAUUGUCUGGGUAUCUUCAAAGGAUCAUUAAGAGGGCCAUUAAAACAGUGAACUCGGUGAAAAUCACAAAGAAAUGCUUGCAAGUAUGGAAAACUGCCAGUGACGCAAGAUUGCAAGAUUAUCCUAGUCACAGCUUCAGAGAGCCUUCACCCGAUCAUGUUGCUUUGACUGGCGACUCCCUGAGACGGAGAAUGGCUGAAUGUGUUCUCCAAAGUGAGGUUCAAUCUUUCCAAAACUGUUUUAGUUCGCUUGAGCAAAGAUCGAAAGUAAUAGAGGAUCAACAGUUAUUGGACAUGGUUUUGAAACGCAAACAAACAGCGGAAAAAGGCAGCCAGAAACAGCAAAAAAGGUUGAAGAAGUAG